UUUCACUCACGUGACCAAUGCCCUGACAACCGUUGCUAUCCGCCAUGUUGGUGUACAAACAAACACAGUUGUGAAGAAGUAAGUCGUGAUGGUUCUGUGCUUAUUCGUGGAUUGCCAUUCAAGAAGCGGGCGAGAUAAAGAUAUUUCCUUCUUUAGAGUGCCUUCAAUUGUCACUAAUCAUGGCGAGGAAGCCGAGGAGCUCUCCUUAGAGCGACGAACGCAGUGGAUAGCUGCUAUAAGCAGAGAUGACUUGACGGAGCAAAUCCUAAAAAAUGACCGUGUUUGUAGCCGUCAUUUCGUCUCAGGUCAGCCAGCAAAAGACUUUGAUAAGUUCAAUAUUGAUUGGGUGCCAACGCUAAAUCUGGGACAUUCAAAGAGAGAUAAGAAAGGUAGCAGUAAAGCAGACCAGGAUCGGGCGGAGCGAGCUAAAGGUAGACGAAAGAAGAAGUUGAACGAGACAAAAGCAGAAAUCGAGGAGAAGAAACUCCGCUUGAAUGAUGAAGGAACUCAAGCUUGCAAUAUAUCCUUUAUAACUUUAAGCAGUGAUCAGGGUUUAUCAAAAGAAGAAAUUCAGGAAACAGGGGAAAUUGAUGUGUCGUUCGCCGAUCAAAGCAUUGCUGAAAAUGAGAAAAGUUGUCAGACCGAAGCCAAAAGUUUUGGCGACAUGUGUACUCAGACUGACGUUUUACGGCGAAAACUUUAUAAUGCAAGCUCACAGACAGAGGACUUCGAUUAUCUGUUUACGUCAAAUAAGAGAAUCGUCGAAUUUAACGAAGAGUUUUUCCGGAAUAGCGACGAUAAAGUACUGUUUUACACUGGUCUCCCCUCAUAUGAAAUUCUGAACUUUGUGUUUGAACUCGUGUCACCGUCUGCACCUCGCCGUUCUCAAUCGCUGAGUCCUUUUCAAGAACUUGUUAUGGUCCUGAUUAAAUUGAGAUUGGAUGUACCGUUUCAAGACCUAGCUUAUCGCUUUAACAUCUCAGUUCCCACAGUCUCCAGGACAUUUCAUUCGUGGUUGAUGACUAUGGACAUAAGGUUAUCCCCAUUAAUCCAUUGGCCUGAUCGUGAAAGUCUCAUAAGUACAAUGCCACAAUGCUUCAAGUUCAGCUUUGGAACGAAAACUACAGUAAUAAUUGACUGCUUUGAAAUUUUUAUUGAAAAACCCACUAAUUUACUUGCCAGAGCCCAAACAUUCAGUUCCUACAAGCACCACAACACCAUCAAGGUGCUGAUUGGUAUCACCCCACAAGGUACCAUUUCAUAUGUUUCUGAGGCUUGGGGUGGUCGUACUUCGGACAAAUUUUUGACUGAAAACUGUGGGAUAUUGAGUAAGUUGGUUCCUGGGGACAUGGUGAUGGCUGAUCGUGGCUUCACUAUACACGAGAGUGUUGCCUUCAAGAGGGCAAAACUAGUAAUUCCAGCAUUUACGAAAGGCAAGGAUCAACUUGACCCAGUUGAUGUUGAAACAACCAGGGGUAUUGCCUGUGUCCGCAUCCAUGUGGAAAGAGUCAUAGGUCUUUUACGUAGCAAGUACACAAUACUACAAGGGACACUUCCCACUGAUUUUUUAAUGAGCAAUCCUCAUGGAUCUCUGGAAGAAAGAAUCCCUGCAAUUGAUCGAGCAAUUAAGGUUUGUUCUGCUCUUGUUAAUUUGUGUCCCCCAAUAAUACCGUUUGAUUAGGCUAAUCCAAUUUAUUAUUCAUAGAUAAAGAACCAGUCAAACUCUAGAAUAUUGCAUUCAAUUUUCGGGUUUGUCAAUAAAAUGUUCAGAAGGGGAAAACUUCUCAAAACUGGGGUGCAUUGUUUUUGUUCGACAGUUUGAGAUGGACCAUGAGUUUCAGUAGCUUUACACUAUAAUAUAAAAUUAGACAUUACUUUUGACAUAGUUAGUGCUUAUAUGUCACUUUAAUGUUUGUAAUCCUUACCUACUAUAUUGUUGCUGUUUGCAUUUUUAGCCCUAAAUUAGUUUCACUUUAUAGAAUGUACAGAGAAGUUCCAUUAGAAAGUUAUUAUCAUUGUUUCAUUGGAA